AUGUUGGCUUGUGUGAUCUGGUGGUUGGUUCUGCGCCUUGUCGGUGCUCCCGUGCCCUGCAAACCAACGUUGGCAGAGGAAGUGCAGGUCGGCGAUGUCGUUGCAUUGGUGGGUCCAAGUCGAACUAUCCUGCACCUGGAGUCGCAGGAGCCGACGCGACUCAAUCGUGAGCGUGACUGCGCGAUCGUCACCUUUGGAUACGAAGGCUUGAUCGUGAUCUCCUGCUAUGAGGGAACGCUGAACAUCAGCACAGAUGGCUGCUCGCCGAGGCGGUGCCAGCCCUCUCAAUCCAUCACGGUGCGCCUGGGGGAAGACUCGGUCAGCGCUUCCCCUUUGAACAUCAUUGCCAGCGGUGGUCAAGAGGUGCGUCUAUGCCGCAAUCUGAACCCUAUCUUUCGGAACACGUACAUCAUGUACUGCAACUUUGGCGAGGUGACAGUCGACACCCGUGAGUGUGUUACACAGCCUUGGCCCAAGUUCACACCUGAAGUUGCUCCGGCCAAGCUCUAUAGCUUUGCAAUCAGCUUUCGCCUUUCAGCGCGCAUGUCCGAGUAA